UGUGGCCCAGGCUAGUCCUGAAUUCACUGUGUAGCCCAGGCUGGCUUCAAGCUCACGAUCCUCGUACCUCAGCCUCCGAAGUCCUAGGCUUGCAGGUGUGCACCUCCAUGCUCAGCACGAGCUCAUUCUCUAGGAAGGGUGCGUUGGAGGGGUUUGUGAGGUGUCUGUAAAAAUGCUGGCUGUGACGUGUAUGUGUGCUAGCUCAGGAAAGACAUCUGCGGAGAGAUGUGGAUUGGGGGAGCAGCCGUGAGUCUGGGCGUCACAGCCAUGGACGAGCCUGAGGUGCCCAUGUAGUGAGGAGAGGUGCCUCAGAGCAGGCAGGGGCAAAGCUCAGGAGAGAAGGGACCCAACUGGCACCCUCCACAACUCUUGCUUGUCCUUAGACAUAAGCUGGCUCUGUGACAGUUUUGAAUCCUUAGGUAAGUCAAUAAAAAUGGACUCAGCAAGUACCCGAUGCCCUGCUUCGUGGCAAGCACUGCCUGAGCUUACUUGGUUUCCAGAAUGAGCAGGGCAGAGAAGUGGCACCGCCCCAUGGCUGUGGAGGACCUCAGGGCGGGGCACCAGCCUGGCUGCAGCUCGGGGGCUGGAGGGGCUUUCUGAAGGGAGCCCCGGCUGAGCUAGACUGAGCUGGAGGUGGGAGAAAAUGUCAGGCCAAGGCGAAUGGUGGAAGGUCCCAGGCCCAUGGGAGCAGGUUUCUCCCUUGUCCUUGCAUGGAUGGGACCCAAGGGAAGGGGCGGCGCUCGGGGUAGCACAGCCUGCUCCCUCCCUCUGCGUGCCGGGCCAUGUGUGGGACAUGUGUGGGACACGGGUGUGUGGCUUCCCCCAGGUGAGGCUGUGCCAGCACACCGCUGCAUCCUGUCGGCCUGCAGCCCCUUCUUCACAGAGCGCCUGGAGCAGGAGAGCCCUGUGCAGGGUCGGAAGGUGGUCCUAGAGCUGGGGGGCCUGAAGAUCAGGACCCUCCGGAAGCUGGUGGACUUCUUGUACACGUCGGAGAUGGAGGUAUCCCGGGAAGAGGCCCAGGACCUGCUGUCCGCGGCCCGCCAGCUCCGUGUGUCUGAGCUGGAAUCGCUGCAGCUGGAGGGCGGGAAGCUGGUGAAGGCGCCCCUGGGCCGAAGGCUGAACCGAGAGUGCCUGCAGCCCAGCGCCCUGCCCAUCUCCGCCAGAGUGGUAGCCCCCGGCUGCCACCAUCGACCACCACUGCCUGGCACCCGGCCCCCCUGUCCUCCAGGGCUGGCGAGGUCACUGAAGCUCGGAAGGGAAGAGGGUCCCCCAGAGGAGAGCGCCCCGCCGAGCACCAGCCGGGCAGGCACGCUCGGCCCCGUGCGCGGGCCAGCGCCGUCCCCAGCCCGCCUGUCCCCUCCUGCGGACCAGCAGCUGCUGCCCAGGAAGAUCCGGCUCAGUCGCCCAAGGCCACCCCCCAGCGGCGGCACAGCAGGUGGGCCCAGCUCGGUGCCCACAGCCCCAGGCCGGCGGCUCUGGCGGCAGAGGAUGAACAGAGGCGCGGUCGAGGACAGGCAGGAGCCAGGCAGGACCAGUCCUCUGCAGAGCACCCCCAGCCCCUCUGCGCCCUGCCGGAAGCGGAGCCCCGAGGCCAGGGCGCCCCCGCCCGAGCCCGCGGAGGAGGGGCAGGUGGGGAGAGUGAAGCUUCGGAAGGUGGUCAACGGCACGCGCUGGGAGGUCGUGCAGGAGCCGCCCCCGCCCCUCAGGAUCCCCGACCGCGGUGAUGGGGAGGCUCCUCCCGGGGCCCCGCUGUCCCCGGCCAGUGGGCAGGAAGAGGCGCCGGGCCGGCUGGAGCUGUACCAGGACUCCCCCGAGGGCAAUGGGAUGCUGGACGUCAUGUUGGCCGGCGGCCACUCACCAGAUCAGCCCGGGGCCGGCCGGGCGUUCGGGUCCAGCCCCGAGCUGCCGGGGAAGGAGCCCAUGCUGAGCAGUAACCGGGGCGAGCCCUGCGCCUUCGCAGGUGCCCUGCGCGGACCGCGCCAUGCCGGGGCCUCAAGCGCCAAGGCCGCCAGUGAGUUGGAGGACAUCCUGGACCUGAUGCUGUGCGGCCGGGACCUGGGGCCGCCCGAGGGGUCCCCGGAGAGCCCCGGGCCCGAGGGCUGCCGAACGCCCAGCUACCACCUGGCGGGCGCGGGCGGGGCGUGGAUGGAAGAGGGAGCAUGGUGCCUGCCAGACCUGGAACUCUGGUCCAGAGAGCUCUCGGGCCUGGACGAGGAGCCUGCGGGCCAGAGCCAGGCGCCCCCGGGGGACGGAGACGCGCUUCCGGUGGGCGGCGCUUGGACUCCGGAUCUUGAAGCCCCGGCCUCCCGGUCACCGGAGCUGGGGGAAAAGCCCUCGACGCCGGGCUCCGGCUGGACAGAGCGCGGGCUGGACGAGCACCCAGCAGCGCUCGAGGAGCUGUGCCCCGCCCCCGGGACGGGGCCCGGCCCGCCCACUGCCAGCUCCGAAGACGAGGAGAUCGACGUGGACUGGACGGCGGAGGCCGCGCUGGUGCCCGCCGGCGUCCCCUCCGUGUGGCCCGACCCUUCCUCGGAGUCAGACACAGAGCUGGACGUCCUGACGUAAUGAGGAGGAGUCUGGACUGCUAGGCCCCUUCCGCACAACCGGCUGCCCCCGCAGCUCGGCCCCUGGCUUGGGCGCCAGGCGGAAGUCAAGGGGAUACCAGGGGUUGAAAUCAAACUCUUAGCAUCCUUUUUCUUUGUAAUGUUUUCCCGUUAGUGGGAGGUCGGUAAACUGUACCCAGCUAGCGGGCCCUAGGUGGAGCCCCGCCCUGUGAGGCAGGCCCCCUCGGAAGGGAGGCUCCUGCCUCAGCCAACACUGCGUGCGUUCAGGGCGUCCUGGAAGAGCAGCACCUGCGUCUGAGACUCGGCCAGCGCCAGCGCCACUCGGGAAGCCCAGCUGACAGCUCCACCGGGCCAGGGAGAUGCACUUCUGUCAUCACUUCCAAGAAAGGCCAGGUGACCUGUGGCUAUGGAAAAUAAAAGGCUCAGCAACCCCAAAA